AUGUACUACAAGUCACUCUUCCCUGAUCUGCCAAAGGUCCCUGAAUCAAACAUCCACCACUUUCUCUUCGACCGGCCUGAGCAGCGAGCGUGGCCAGAUUACACAUUGUUCGUCAAUGCGGCUACCGGCCAGCGGCGUUCGUUCAUGGAAUUUGUCGAUCGUGUCCGCGAUGGCGCUACUGCACUAGGUGCCGAUGUGGUGCAAGGUGGUCUAGGUCUUCAUCCAGAAAAUGGAGAUCUUGUAGGCAUUCUGAGCGAGAACUCCUUAGAAUAUAUCGCUUUGGUGCAUUCGCUGUUAGCUAUCACAGUUCCAUUUGCACUGUUCUCAUCGUAUUCUACACCUCACGAAUUCGAAGCCAUCAGUUCCCUCGCGCAGGCAACUAGGAUUUUUUCCAGUCCCUCAUUGCUGCCACUCGCCUUAACCUCAGGUCUCCCCAAAGAUCGGAUCUACAUCCUAGAGGGAGAACGUGAUGGUUACACAAGUUACUACCAGCUCGUCUCCUCUGCUCGCAGGAAUAACAUCCCACGGCUGCCAGUCCGUUAUGCUAAUAAGGAUACUCUGGCCUUUCUGGUUUUUUCCAGCGGAACAAGCGGUUUACCCAAAGCCGUCAUGAUAUCCCAUGGAAAUAUCAUCGAUACUCUCCUAGGACUGAUACCACCGGUAUGGAGCACCCCUGAGGGGCUUGAGGUUCGCUUCUGCAUCCUCCCUGUCUACCACUCGUACAGCCUCUACUCGACCUGUUUUAACAUCUUCCUCCAACCUUCCACGAUAGUCAUGCUACCGAAGUGGAAUAUCAAUUUAUUUUUCGACAGUGUCCCGAAAUACUGUAUCACGACGAUAGGCCUCGUCCCAUCGCUUAUACACCAGGUGGUUCACCAUCCCCGUUUCGAAACUGCCGAUUUGAGCUCGAUCAAAAGCAUAGGCAGUAGCGCUGCGCACCUCCCACCUCAACUGGCCGCCCAGCUUUGUGCCCGCUUGCCAGGCAUAGAAAGAAUUAAAGAAGGUUAUGGUUUGUCCGAAUUCCUAACAGUAGCUAUGAAACCCCUGCCUAGCAUGCUCGAUGGACGGGCGAAGAGCAAACCUGGCUCCGUCGGAAUCCUGUUCCCUGGUGUUGAAGCUCGUAUUCUCCGUCCUGAUGGAUCUCUCGCGGGUCCAAAUGAGGCGGGUGAAAUCUUUGUACGCAGGGGCCACAUGGUGCUUGGAUACAAAGGAAAUAUCAAGGCGACACAAGAGACAUUCGUCGAUGGGUGGCUGCGUACGGGCGACCGGAUGCGGAUUGAUGAGGACGGAGUGCUUUUCUUUGAGGACCGCAUCAAGGCAAGCUUGUGUCAUCUAUGUAUCAUUAUUGACGACACACUCAAAAUUUCGGGGAUGCAAGUUUCCCUUGUCGAAAUCGAGAACACACUUCUGGCGCAGUCGGACAAGCUAGUCGUCGAUGUAUGUGUUGCAGGUGUUUCGGGCGGGCGUACCUCAGACGAACGUGUCCCGCGAGCAUGGAUCGUGCUUUCCCCGGCAGGGGUAGCGCUCGGUGGGAAAGAGGUCGUGGGACGGCUUGAUGCAUGGGUGCAGGAGCGGCUAAGUCGGUAUAAGUGGUUGAGGGGGGGAAUCGCUUGUGUGACGACGAUUCCAAAGUCGCCAACUGGAAAAGUGUUGAGGCGGCUGCUGGUGGAUGAGUACGAAAGGGAUGAGAAGGGAUGCUCAAUUCUAAAACCUCGAGUUCAUUCUGAGGCCGGAAAAAGGCCGGACAGAGACCUGUCUCCCAGUCAAACAUACUGGUUAACAUUCUCAGAGUUGGCAAUGAACUACGACAGUGAUGGCAGACAACACCUUCCCUUUCGGUUCCCGAACCAAGUCCAGCAUCAACAACACAAUACUACGUCAUACAGUCACAUAUCUGCAAGCAACAGCAACAUAGCGACAGCUGGCCUCUGGCCCUCAGAAUACCGUAACAACUGGCAGCAAGCGUCAUUGCAAUUAAUUUUCAAUAUAAUGGUGAUAUUUGGCUUGCGCAUUAAGAUGGUUGUACAUUAUGAUCAAUUUCGAAAUGGUAGUGUUUUACUGGUGCUUGCAAGUCCCGCGUCCCAUUCCUUUUCUGCGAUUGCACCUCAGGAUAAGGACAUACAUUUGCAGCAGGGUGAGGAGGUAAGGUUGAAUUCAGAGCCUGAGGAGGAGAUGUGGGCGAGUGAGAGCGAACCUGGCUUCGAUCACUCUGGAUCUGAGGAAGGAGCGGGAGAUGUAGAACAAGAAGAGCGAGAGCGGGCCAUGUUUGCAGCUGGGGAAAGGAAGGAGAGCGAGGAAAGGCGAGAGGAGUGA